AUGCGCUGGACCCACGCCAGCCGCUGGGCCCGCUGCCGGAAUGCACACCUCUCUUCGUUUGCCCGCCAGGUGAAUCUUGGACUUCAAGGUCAUCGCGGACUCGCCAGCUGCCCGCCCCUAACCCGGGUUUGCGCUGAGUUGCGGCCUGCACAUGGUUUCGUCGAGCAAAGGAUGCGCACACCAGGAACCUUGGACCAGUUCGCUUCCGGAGAGCCGUGUGAAAGCAUGGACCAAGACGGUGCACUGCAGGUGAUUGCGGCGAUGCUCCAAGACAUCUCCACCUCCUGCAUCACAAGCGACUAUUUCCUAGCAGAAAUCAACAGGAAAUGCCAAUGCACUUGGAGCAAGUCAGGACCUUUAUGCACGGCCAUGGGACCUGUCUGA